ACCCCCUUCGUACGCCUCUGCUGCUUUUGGUAUUCUUUUCACCGUCAAACAGCGUUGCCAGAUCGCGGCGUAGGCGUCCGGGAAAAUAACAACAAAAGAUUGCAAACUACAGCCUCGAGCGAAACCUAGCAAAAUGUCCAUGAUUCCCUUCUUUCCCACGCUGAAAGUCUCGGUGGCGAAUCGCUACUGGCUGGACAUGGCUCCGGCUUCCGUCAGCGAGGAGGCCCAGACGCGGCGCUACGAGGAUGAACGCACCAACUGGCGGGAGUCGCUGAAAACAGCCGGCACAGACCUGCAGCCCCUGGGCAAGAUGCUCACAAUUCCCGGAAUCGAGACCGACGACGAGGAUGCCAACGACGACAGCGAGGACACAGACAGCCACGACGAGGAAGACGACGAGACAAACGACCGCGUCAUUCCGGUCACCCAGGACUUCUACUCCGCUGACGACAUCCAGAUGAACGACGAGACCUCGCCCACAGCCCCCUGAAUCGGAAGCAAAGGCCGCCGGCUGGUGGAUACACAAUUAGUUAUUUAUUUUUGCGUCACACAUCGUUCCCUUUACAAACUGUAAUAACAAGUGUCGUUUACUUUAGGCUUAAAUAAACUAAAACAUAGUAAGCAA